CAUACCUACCCACUGCACGUUCACACCAGCCACUCCUUGAACAAGUUAGCUCCAUUUUCUCAAAAAUAUACACAGAGGAUACCUCGAUACGAGUCCCAGCGAGCCAGCUUCACAAGGCGCAUCUAUCCAUACCACGUACCUGCAUCCACACCCACGAGAGACCAAGUACCAGCAAACAAAAUGGAUCAACCCACCGCCCAACUCGACUCCAACCUCGACUUGUCCAAGCUCACAGACAGAGACAAGCAAGAGCUCCAACAAUUCCUCGCCAAUGAGGGCCAGAAGGCGAGAAUACAGCAGAGUCAGUUCUACCUCCAUAAAUUCUACAAUCGCAUAUCUUUGGCAUUUGCUUCAAGACGCCUAUUCUAUUGGUAAUGCUAGCAGUUGAGACUAACCUAAUCCUAGCCGUCCACAGCCUAACUGACGUUUGCUGGAAGAAAUGUGUUACUGGCACCAUUCGAAGCAACAAGUUGGACAGCUCCGAGGCCAGUUGCGCAGCGAAUUGCGUCGAUCGAUUUAUGGAUGCGAAUUUCACCGUCAUCAAGCAUUUGGAGAGGAUGAGAGUGUCACCAUAAGGGACUUACGAUUGUUGGAUGAUGGAUGGUGGGUAUGGAAAAUGGUGCAAUGAUUCCUGGGGGCAUACGCUGGUUCCAUUGUGGAAAGAGGAGUUAUCCUGGACGGUCAAAAUCUCCAGAAAUAUAAGGCAUGGAGCUUCUGGGGGAUAGCAAGAUGGUAAUUCUG